AUGUCGAAUAGGAAAGACCACAACUCCGAUUCCGAUUCCGACGAUGCACCCGAGGAAUUCACCCAAGAGCAGGCUAAGCUGCAAGAUGUAGCUUUGUGGAAAUUACAAAGAGAAAACACUGAUAGGAUUGCCCGCGAGAAGAAAGAGAGUCGCAGGCUUUUGGCAGAGAAAAUAACACCACGGAAGUCAAAAAAGAUUGAAACUUUCGAAGAAGAAGAUGAAGAGGAAGAAGAAGCAGCUGAAUCUCUUGCAAAUAAGGGAUUCCUUUCCAAAGACAUCAUAGACUUUCUUGCACAGCGAGAAAAACUAAACAGCGGGCCGGAUUCUGAAGAAGAGGAGGCCAACGAAGAAAGGCCAAGAAAGAAGAAGCAAAAGAGCUCAGGGAUCGAAACGGUUAUCUACAAGGACAUUCCACCACCGAAAUGCUUGAAAACUGGAUUAGCUUUCUUGAAGAAGAGGAAGUCUCAAGUCCCUAGAUCGUCUUCUAUCCUGAAGAACUCCGGCCAAGCUCUUAGACUUGUUACUGGUGCUGCUGCUUCAGCCAAGAAGCAGCGACAGAGAAAAUGA